CCCGCGCAACGGACACCGCGCCUCCGGCAUCUGGACAGCAGCCGACACCACCCCCCUCCCGCAGACGACCGAACGUUGAGCCGUUGUUUCGAAAAGUCUUGCGCGUUCGGCGCCGACCCAUUGUCGGUUUUCGCGUUUUCUGACCAAAGUUCCACCGUCCCUCCCGUCCGCCUACCCAUCGGUCCGUCGCGCGCACCAGGCGGUUCGCGGCGUUUCGUGCGUUGGUACGGUCGCGCGCGCGCCAUCCAAAACAUAACCUCUAUAUCCGUGUAUCUCCGCGCCGCCGUUAUAGCGUCUCUGGCUCUGUAUCCCCUUUGUUUCCGGGACUUUUGAAAUCGCACCGUCUCUUCGCCUUGCCACACUCCGUUCGUCAAAUGAAAUGUGCUCGGUGUCCGUCGCGGCCGCAAGUCACCAUCUCCACGCUAAUCGACUGUAGUGGUCCGUCACUUUGCAAAACACCCUUAGGGGCAGCAGUGGUGUUUGGGUCCACUGAAGACUAAACGCCUCAUCCGUCGAGUCGUUUUUGAAACAAUAUAUUCUAUAAAAUGUCUAAGGCAUGCAGGAUGUUGAAUCUGGAUGAAGAUGGAUCUUCUACUCCAAAUACAGCAAUAAUUAAAUUAGAUCCAACUAUGACAACUUUCUUAACACCAUCACCAUAUCAUUUACUUGAUCAUGAAUAUGGUAUGACACCACAAAAUCAAAUCAUUCCAAAUCCUCUUACAUCACCAUUAACAAAGUCACAAGGUGUAAAACGAAGGUUAAAUUUAGAGUCUCUCAACUUUGGAUAUGACGAUGUCACACCUUCAACAGCAAAGCUAAUGAGAAAAUGGUCUAGUUCAAGUGCUGGUAGUGAACCCAGUCCUGCUCAAAAUGUAGCAGGAAAAAAGUGUUCUGAACGUCCAACACGUUAUGAUACCUCAUUGGGCUUAUUGACCAAAAAAUUCAUUGGUCUGCUCGAAAAUUCUACAGAUGGUGUUGUUGAUUUAAAUAUAGCAUCUGAAAAGUUGGACGUACAAAAACGAAGAAUAUAUGACAUAACCAAUGUUCUAGAAGGUAUUGGAAUUUUGGAAAAAAAAUCUAAAAAUAAUAUUCAAUGGAAAGGUGGAAAUGCUUACGGAUCAGACAAAAAUAAUGUUCAACAUGACUUAGAAAAAAUGAAAGCCAAAGAAGAAGAAUUAGAUAAUUUAAUUUUAAAUACUGAACGAGAUAUAAAACAAUUAACAGAAGAUAAAAGAUUUGGAUAUGUAACUUACCAAGAUAUUAGGUCCAUUGAAUCGUUCAGACWAAAGACUGUUUUGGUUGUUAAAGCCCCUCCAGAAACUGAAUUACAAGUACCUCAAGAUCACAUUGAUGGUGAUCAAAAAAUGUACAUGAAAAGUAACACUGGUGAAAUAGAGGUGUUCUUAUGCCCAGAGUAUAAUACCAAUACAACCUUACACCAACCACAAAGUCAGCUAAGGCCAUAUACAUCUCAGAGUGUCAAUAAUUCAACAAUUGGCAAUACGGUUAUAAAAUCACCUCAAAAAACAUCAGUUAUUCAACAGUCACCAACAUAUUUGUCACACAAAUAUAAAAUUGAAAACAUUGAGGAGUCAGAAACAGUAGAAAAUUUAGAGAAUACAACAAUAAGAAAAAUCAAGGAAGAGCCGUCGGAUGAUCAGUAUAUACCUAGUACAAGUGGUUCUGCCAAAGAUACAUUUGAAAUAUCUUGCGAACCUUUCUUGAUGCUUGAACCUCCAAAUGAAGAUGACUACAACUACUGUCUGGACUCUGAUGAGGGUCUUGGUGACUUGUUUGGUUUCAGGUUAUAAGUAGGUUAAUACAAUUAUUCUU